AUGGCUACACCGAUGAGGAACCCAAAAGACUCCAUGACGUCCACCUGGCGUUCAUGGGAUCGCUCGCAGUGGAACGCCGGACACUGGCUUCUCGAAAUCCUGAAUGUGCACCAUGUCGAUGUUGAUCAAGAAGUCCCAGUUCACCAGAAGGACGAAAAGGUCCCUUAUGCACCAGAGCUGCAGUUUCAUGUUUGGGUCCUGAUCCACGCCUUUCUGCCUAUGGCCCUUCACCAACUCUACAUUGGUUACUUCGGGUACCCUUCCAGGCUCGUUGCAUUUGCAUUCUACAGCUUGGCCCUGAAAUUCAAUGCUGUGCACGAAACACACGUCCUCCGCCGCGUAGGCCACAACAUUGGAUUCCUUGACGGGGACAAGCAUUCUCGCGAUGGUGUACCUGACGUGGGAGUCGGGAAGACGGUCCAAACCCUCGUGUCCGUGAUCGCGCUCCGUCCAAUGUUUACCAUUUUCUUCGCGUACCGCGCCGACGAGGGCCCUUCCUCAAUGCGGUGGGGGUGGCUCAUCUUCGAGACUGGCAUGUAUGCGCUUGUGCUCGACUUCUGGUACUAUAUGAUGCACCGCUCCGCGCACGAGCUGGAGUACCUCUGGCAAUUCCACCGCACCCACCACUUGACGAAACACCCCAAUCCGCUCUUGACCGCGUAUGCGGACACGGUACAGGAGUUCAUUGAUCUUAUCGGCACGCCUCUGCUCACAUACGGCACGAUGAAGCUGAUGGGAUUCCCCAUGGGCUUCUACGAGUGGUGGGUCUGCCAACAAUACGUGGUCUUCACAGAGAUUCUUGGCCAUAGCGGCUUGCGCAUGAUCGCCACCGCGGUGAAUCCCUGGACCUCGCUGCUACGGUGGUGCGACAUGGAGCUCGUGAUCGAAGACCAUGAUCUUCACCAUCGCAAAGGCUGGAAGAAAAGCCAUAAUUACGGCAAACAAACGCGGGUGUGGGAUCGACUGUUCAAUACUUGGAUUCCUCGUGUGGAGGGGCAUCGCGACAAUAUCGACUAUGUCAAUACAGUGGAUAUUCCCUUGUGGUAG